UUGCCUCUCAACUUCUUUCUUUGUUUCUUCUUGGGAUCGCGCCGGUCUCCUCCCCAGUCCUCUCUACUGUCCACUCCUCCAUUCCCCUUUGUCCUCCCUCACGCCCAACCCACCAUCAUCAGUUAAACCCUCCCCCCACAAACACGAAAAAAAAAAAAACAAAAAGAAAAAAAAUCAAACGUUGCUGGCGCUGCAAUUUCAUUCAUCGGGUGGCAUCAGUCACCGGUUCAUCCUGCCUCCGGGUUGUGCUCCGACAACUUUUGUUCAUCUUUUCCCCUUCAAUACCCAGAAUUAUGUUAGGGUAAAUGGUGAUUAUUUCCCUUUAACUCCGAAAAUCAUGGUUGGGUUAAAUUAUGCUUGGAAUUGAAAUUAUGGCUGUAUGUUAUUCUUGGUUGAAAACCCAUUUGAAGGCAAAUGCUGUUGUUAAACCCGUAAGGCUGGCCUUAAAAAAAAUUAAAAAUAAAUUGGUGGAGUUGAGUUGAAAGAGCGAUCUCGUCUAAUCAUUCUUGAAGGCAGCCGUAGUACUCUUUAUUUCUUCUCGUCAGCUAUCCCAGAUAGUGGAGUUCCAUUCCUUGUCUGAUCCCCAGCAAGGUAGUGCUCAAACGAAUUUUUUGGUGAUUAAAACACGUCUAUCAUGUGAUGGCUACGAUAAAUGCCAGUUGACUACAGAAUCUUGCUGGUUGGAUAUCUGAUACAUGGUCUUUAUUUGGUUCUUUCUUCUAUUAAAUCUUCCCUGUUGACUGUUAUCCGUUGCUAAUCCUGGAAGAAAAUAAGGUUCAAAAGCUGCUGGAUACCUGGAAAGCCACUUUCUUCACAGGAUACGACUGUACAUAAGACUUUGUUCAAGGUGCUUUAGUUUGAGAACCAUUUGGUUGCUCUUCAGGACUUUUUUCAGAUAUUUUCACAUACCAAUGAAACUUGCAGAUGGUAAGGUCUUACGAGAGACUGCAAAUAAAGGACUCUGGAAAUUACUAUAGGUUCUUUUUGAAGGACUAAAAAGGACAAUGAUUCAUCAGCUCAUUCUUGAAUAUGAAGCAGUGAAUAGACGGGGGAAAAUGUGCAGAAUAUGCUUAGGAAGGAAGUCGGGGGAAACUUGAUUGGAAUGUUUGUCUUUUCACCAUCAAUCAGCAAUUUUAAUGACUCAGAAGCGUAUCCUGUGAAUGUCUAGUGGAGAAGUUUCCUCUUUUUAGUUAAUUAAUGGACUUCAAAGCCGUUUCAGCUGCUGUUAAGUCAUCGUGCAGAAAUGCAAGACAAUGUGAUACUAUGAAUGUGGCAAGAGUCCAUUUUCAAUCUGUGACUUCCAGAUUGAUUUUGCAAUGUCCAAAGGUUGACAUAUAAAGUUCACGUGUUCCGCAUUUAGAUAGUUAAAAGUGUGUUAUGGAUCCAGGAUCCCAAUUUAUAUGUGCAAGUCAUUUAAAGACUAGGAGAUCGUUCUGGGUAUUGGGAAUAACAUUUGGUAUAUUUGUUGCCAUUCAGUUUUCUGCACUUCCAAACAGUAGUACCAUAUCGUCUCUGUUUUCUGCUGGAAAAUUUACCUUAUUUGGGAGAUGGGAUUUUGAGGCCAAGAAUCAGUCAGCCUCUAGAACUGCUGGUAAUCCUAAAAACACUUACUUGGUCAAAGAUUCAGCAUCUAGUUCCACUUUUGAGGACAGUAGAAAUUCUAAGCUUAAUAAUUCAUCUCCAAGUGUUCCAGAAAUCUUUGAUAGUUCAGCCAGCAAUAAGCAAAUUGAAGAGUUUUCUUCAUCCAUUGCGCCACAUGCAAGCUCAGGUUCUGUUCCCCAACAGCUUACAGUUGCUUUUCCUCCUGCAGUUUCUUCACCUAUUACAACAUCUCAAAUAAAUAUGGACUUGGUAAGUCCUGCGAUGUCAGUGCAGAAUCAUGAAAAACAUAUAAUGAAAACAGAUGAGAAAGGAAGCUUAAUGCAGAGAAAUGUAAGCUUGCUACAUAACAAUUCUUCUGUAGGGCAUGGAAAGUCUAGUUUGCCAACAUCAGCUGUAUAUUCAAUAUCUGCAAUGAACAAGUUAUUGCUGCAAAGUCAGUCCCUACCUCGUGCAGUGAUAGUGAAAUGGAAUUCAACUGCUGAUCAGGAACUGCAUUAUGCAAAGUCACAGAUACAGGAUGCACCAGUUCAUCGAAAUAGCACAGAACUUUAUGCUCCUCUUUACAGAAAUGUGUCGAUGUUUAAAAGGAGCUAUGAGUUAAUGGAUAAGGUGCUUAAAGUUUACAUCUAUAAGGAAGGAGAAAAACCAAUUUUCCAUGAGUCAAUAGUUGAAGGGAUAUAUGCUUCUGAAGGAUGGUUUUUGAAGUUAAUGGAAUCAAAUAAGCAAUAUGCUACUGAUGAUCCCGCCAAAGCCCAUUUAUUUUACUUACCUUUUAGUUCGCGUUUGCUUCAGUUAACACUUUAUGUGCGUCAUUCACACAGUCGUAAUAACCUCAUUGAGUACAUGAAGCGCUAUGUAGGCAUGCUCGGCCAAAAGUAUCCAUUCUGGAACAGAACCAAUGGAGAAGACCAUUUCCUUGCAGCUUGUCAUGAUUGGGCUCCUGCUGAAACAAGAGGUCCUAUGCUUAGUUGCCUAAGAGCACUAUGCAAUGCUGACAUCAAUGUGGGCUUUGAGAUAGGCAAGGAUGUUGCCCUUCCGACAGUUUAUGUACGCUCAGCUCAGAACCCUCUCAAGGAUAUUGGAGGUAAACCUCCAUCUCAACGACCAAUCUUGGCUUUCUUUGCUGGUUAUAUGCACGGGAAUGUUCGUCCAUUACUCCUGGAUUACUGGGGUAAAGAUCCUGACAUGAGAAUCUUUGGUCGAAUGCCUCAUGUCAAAGGUAAUAAGAACUACAUUGAGCAUAUGAAGAGCAGCAAAUAUUGCAUCUGUGCAAAAGGCUAUGCAGUCCAUAGCCCACGAGUUGUGGAAUCUAUCUUCUAUGAAUGUGUUCCAGUUAUAAUAUCUGAUAACUAUGUGCCUCCUUUCUUUGAGGUUUUGAAUUGGGAAUCCUUUGCUGUUUUCGUUUUAGAGAAGGACAUACCAAAGUUGAAGGAUAUACUCCUUUCCAUCCCAGAGGAAAAGUACCUUGAAAUGCAAAAGAGAGUGAAAGAGGUUCAGAAACAUUUUCUUUGGCAUGCUGAUCCUGUAAAAUACGAUAUGUUCCAUAUGAUUCUGCACUCUGUUUGGUACAACAGAGUUUUUAGAAUCCAAUCUCCCUGAUAUUUGUGAAGA